UUUUUCCCGUUUCGGUCCUCGAAUUGUUGGGGGGAACCUUUUUUUUUUUUUUUGAUUUUAUAAAAGAACGAAGCGUUGCGCAGACCGCGGUCGACGAUCGACAAGAGGAUUUUGGAGAUUGUUUCUGGACGAAUACAACAGUUUAGUUAAGUUAGUUAAUAAGGUCGAGGAGCAAUGGAGGACGAGGUUUUUUCGGCCGUACACUCCACAGUCUUCAAAGAUUCCGAGAAUCUCGAGGGCAAAUGCAGUCAGAUUCAAGGCUAUGACUUUAACCAAGGCCUCGAUUACUCUCGCCUCCUCAACUCUAUGAUUUCCACUGGCUUUCAAGCUUCCAAUCUCGGCGAUGCCAUUCAAGUCGUUAAUCAAAUGUUGGAUUGGAGUCUUGCCAAUGAGACUAUAGCGGAGGAUUGGAGCGAGGAGGAGAGAGAUUUAGCGUUCAGAGAAUCUGUUAGGUGCAAAGUGUUUCUGGGUUUUACUUCAAAUUUGAUAUCUUCUGGUGUUAGAGAUACAGUUCGAUAUCUUGUUGAGCAUCAUAUGGUGGAUGUGGUGGUUACUACGGCUGGUGGUAUAGAAGAAGAUCUUAUCAAAUGCCUUGCACCCACUUAUAAAGGUGAUUUUUCUCUUCCUGGAGCUUAUUUGCGCUCCAAAGGUUUGAAUCGCAUAGGUAACUUGUUGGUUCCUAAUGACAAUUAUUGCAAGUUUGAGGAUUGGAUCAUUCCCAUUUUUGACCAGAUGCUGAAGGAACAAAUUGAACAUAAUGUAUUAUGGACGCCAUCUAAACUAAUAGCUCGAUUGGGAAAAGAGAUCAAUGACAAUGGUUCAUACCUCUAUUGGGCGUACAAGAACAAUAUUCCAGUCUUCUGUCCGGGCUUAACUGAUGGCUCACUGGGGGACAUGUUGUACUUCCAUUCCUUCCGCAGCCCAGGUCUGAUAGUUGAUGUAGUGCAAGAUAUUAGGGCCAUGAAUGGUGAAGCUGUCCAUGCAAGUCCAAGGAAAACUGGAAUGAUUAUACUUGGUGGGGGAUUGCCCAAACAUCACAUUUGCAAUGCCAAUAUGAUGCGUAACGGUGCAGAUUAUGCUGUCUUCAUUAAUACUGCACAAGAGUUUGAUGGGAGUGAUUCUGGAGCUCAACCUGAUGAGGCUGUAUCGUGGGGGAAAAUACGAGGUUCUGCUAAAACCGUAAAGGUGCAUUGUGAUGCAACGAUUGCAUUUCCUCUGCUGGUUGCAGAAACAUUUGCCAAGAAGACUACCAAAUUUGUUGCUUGAAUCAGUUUGUGGCAUGGUGAAGAUUGAUUGAACUAUUGUAAUAAUGGUGAGAAAGCUUUUAAAAGGGAUUAUGGACUAAAUGCGGGGGAGACAAGAUAAAAUGAAAGUUUAAACGGUAGCAAUGAUUUUUAGGAGAUGCUACAUUGACUUAGUUGUUUGAAUGAGACAUUAUUCCCCAAAACUUGAUGUUGACUUUGUUUUAAAACAGUGCUCGAGAUGACAGAGUAUGGGAAAUAUACACCUGGUGAUUUUUUUUUUUUUUAAAUUAUACUGUUGCUCGUUUUCAUGCUUGCUGUGAAAUAUGAUAAAAAGUCUAAUUUUUUUUUUUUUU